AUGAAGUUCAACUCGCUCGUCUUCGCCGUCGCAGCGGCCUUCGCAUCGGCCCAGCUCGGCCAGGCCGCCCUCAUCAUCUUCAACAACAUCGAGAGCUUCGAAACCGUCUCGAGGCUCGUGGGCAGAGUUCCGGGCAUGCCGGGCCACAGCUUCGAGGCCAACCCCAACGGCGGGUUCAUCAUGCGCACGCACCAGCUCAACGACGUGUUCCCCAACCAGCUCAUCCGCGCCCUCGAACGCAGGCAGAUCCUGCACCAGGUCUACAACGAGGACGCCCACCUGCACGCCCACGGCCUGCCCUCGACGCCCGGCUACUCGGCCCACACGGGCGAAUCGGGCGUGUCCGAGGAGGUCACGUCGAGGCGCAGGCAGACGCCCGGCUCCACCCCCUCGAGCCGCAUGCGCGACCAGCAAGACUACGACUACGGCUACGCACCCGGAUCCGUCGACCCCAAUGGAAAUGACCUGCUCAACCACUUUGACUACCAUGCCGGCGGUCACAACCCGUGGGCCUAG